AUGGCGGGUGGCGCGCUCACUUCUCACCAUGUAAAUUAUUUAAUAUGGAGGUCAGUUCACGGUUCCCUGCUUGUUUUUUGUCCCAUUUCGCGACAUAUCUGCAAGAAUCAGGUUUGUUUGAACAUCAAGUCGACGUGGCAAUGGACGUUCGCGGCUAAUCUAAUCCACGUCUUAGGACAUGGAGAGGCGGCUGUCAUGCUUCAACGGGCAUGGAAUCCCAAUCCACAAAAUCUACCAUUUGCACCUUACAUACAAUCUCAUGCGCUUGUAUCAUUAGUACAAAAGGGCCUUCAAUAUCAUGAUCUCGAGCGAUCAGUAGAUCAGAAUGGACAUAUAAUACCCGAGGCACCAACACCCUUUUUUGGGCCUCUUUUGGACAAACCUAGUUCGCCGCAGGCAGCAGGUAAGCAAGACCUAGCUAACGGAUCUGUUGGUGAGGGAGUAUCCAUGCCCUCGUCUCCAAAGACCGUUGGCUCUCGAAAAUCCGCGCCAGAGGCCACGGCCAAUGGGCACGUUCAAGGUGAUCUUACCGCCCGCAAAACCGGUGAGGGAGGCGAUGAAGAUGGGGAUACGUUAAUGCAUCCCGACACGCCCAUAGGGGCUGAUAAGCAGCCUGAAGAAUCCCAGUCAAAGUCUCCGAAAUCUCCUUCCAGGCCAUCGUCACCCGCAGUUGAAGUGGUAGUGGAUGCUGACGGAGACGUGGGGAUGUCCGCACCGCCCACUCCUAUAUACACAUUAACAAAUGGACAGAGCGUUGGAGUUCAAAUCGCACCACCAAAAGCUAUCGAUUUAACCACCGACACUGCUUUGCUAGAUCUUGGUGCCAAUAACCAUGUGAUUAAAACGGCCUGGCGGCCCGGCGACUCCCUUUUAGUUGGAGCUAGUGCAGAAUCAUAUUGCGGACUUUGGAAACUUAUGGGGCAGCGCUCGCUGAGCUCGCCGAGCCAUGAGAUACUAACUAAUACUGUGAAUGUCACAGCUAUGGAAUGGGAGCCAUCGGGCGCCAUCCUAGCUGUUGCAACGUACUCUGAUUUUGAGGGUGCUGUUGGCCUUUAUAGCCCACGAGGAAAGAUGACAAAAUCCCUACCAUGUAUGCCCGGACUGGUAUCAGGGCUAAGAUGGUCCGAGAAUGGGGAACGCAUUAUCUUUACUGUUUCUGAUGGCAGUCGGUCUAAGCUGCUCAUGUGGGACAAGGAGAUAUCAACUACUGAAUACGUCAACGGUCAACUUAUCGACGGUGCAAUCUACGAGGUCUUAUGGUCUGCAGAUGACGAGGUAUAUGCUUGUGGGGAUGGUGCUAUAUACCGAUUCCGCGUCACCAACGAAAUCGAGCUAUCCGAAACCUUCCGCUGGGAAGAAUACUCUCAGGAGCCAUGGACGCUGAUUAAGUCAACACAAUGGAAGGAGUCAAGUGUAGUUGCUACUGUAUCGACAUCUAGUUCGACCUCUAAUAUUUGGAUACCCAGCCACGAUAUAAAAGUUGAAUCUGCACACCACGGAAUAAUUACAUCCCUGGAAUUCAGGCCUCGCCCAAAACCCCAUUCCCAUUCUCAAACCCUGGUCAACGGAACAGGAAAGGAUCCUGCACUAAUUCUGGCUACGUCCUCCAUGGACGAGACGAUCAAGAUUUGGAGCGUCGAUUGUUCCUCAAAGACAGUAAAUUGUCUCCACCGCCUCUUCCUCGGCGCAUCACUGCCAGCGCUAUCUUCUGCUUUCUCCCCCGAUGGGUAUGCAAUUGCAGCUGUCAGCUAUGAUAAGUUAUUUAUCUGGAACGUCGAGCGUGGAGGCACACCGAUGGCGACCUGGCCCAUCCCAAACGAUGAAACUAAGGACGAAUCGAGCCAGGAUGAUACCAAUGGUGCCGUUAAUGGCAUCCCAUCCGUACUUGAUCGGCCCCUUUCGUGGGAUAGCGAUGGAAAGAAAUUGGCGCUUGGUUUUGGUAGCAAGGUAUAUUAUAUUCACUUCCCUCUAUGUCGCUUAGCUUCCUACUAA